AUGCCUGGAUUUGACAAGGAAACGCCCAUUUUCCUACUACCCCGCAGUCAAUACUUCAUAUUGGCGAGAACAAUACGUAAUGGGCCUUUGGUAGACUGCUCCACCGACACUGCCCCUCAGAGUCACGGUGAGAGUAUUGAUGCUGCCAAGGAAAAGCAUGGAAGCAAGAGGAAAGCCGAUACACAAGAAGGGAAUUCCGGUAAAGACUUGAGGGCUCCCAAGAUACAACGACUGGAAUCGAGCAAUUCGCCUGCCAGCCUAGGAAUUCCAUCGAUAGUGAAAAACAGCUUUCCAGAGGACGCUCCCAUGACUGGAACUUCUGUAAGCCCGGCAGCCAACCUCUUUGACCACCAAGGUCCUACCAAGUCAACACAUGAGCAGGAGCCGUAUUAUGUCGAUGAGUCGCAUUUUGAAGAAACCUUCACAAGUGUCACGUCUUUGACCGAGGCACAUGCAGCACCAGGUUGGAAUACAAAGAUAUUCCUAAGAGGACGGUCCACGUAUCGGCUUAAGAAGGAUUAUGGACUCUAUUGGCUAGAAAGAUCAAAGGUAGAACGGUCGGAGUGUGAAAAACGGUUCGAAGAUAGAUUGAAGAGAGAAACGGAGAACUGGAAAGUCGAGGGCGUCAAAGCAGUGGCAAUCGAGUAUAAACAAGAGCUUUCGGAACACCGGUUCAACAUGGGAUAUUUCUUCGACAGACGCAAUUGGACAAAGAACAAGAAUGGCGUCUUGCAGAUGCCAUGUGUUAUGCAGGUAGAGCUCGUAUGGCGCGACAAAGUGACAGGCAAGACUCACACAACCUGGGAGGUGCCAAGCACAGUUUGGAAAUUAUUUGGCAGUCGUGACAAGGCAGAAAAGGCUAUGCUCAACACAGCUGAGAAAAGAGCAGAAAUAUCCAGAGAACUGGAAGAAAGAAACCUCCCACAAAAGAGAUGGGAAACCCCGUCUCCAGAUGCUUGGGCCAGAACCCAGGCAGGUACUGGGAUGGAGACCACGUCUUCCGCUAUUUCAGAUGCGAACCGGUCUCCAGCCGUCAAGAUCGAGCCCCCGUCUCCGCAGGCCAGGAGUAAGAGCCCGUUCAUGUUUGCGGACGGGGAGAAUUCAUCCCAGGAUCCUGCGUCUGCGCAGAAGCAGCCGCAGUAUGAUCAAGCACGGUCUUAUCCAACCCCAUCGCCCGAUCCUUAUGACAACGCAGGACAAGCCGGAACAAGCAUUUGA